AUCGAAUUUCCCAAGCUCCCAACUUUCAGCAAGCAGCGAGAUGUUCGUCGAGCUUGCAACCAAAGAUUCAGAUCCCUCAGGACCAUGAAUUCACUGCUCUGGUACCACAAACUGUACAUUCCUCGAUUGUGACUUCAGUGACGCCGUCAGAACUGAAUAUACGUUUAGCGAUCGACAUACAAAGAUCCUGGCGCAAUGGGGCACCGGGUCCCUCGUGGUCUGGAUGGCGGUGCCACGUCCCAGAAGAGACAGAAAGUCGUCCAUGAAGCACCAACAUCAGAAGAAGUCCAUGCCAGUAGACAGUUACAGCAAUUACUCUCCUUCAGUCAAGACCCAGCACGCGCACGACACGGCCUACAAUCAUUCAAACUCUUUCUUGACCAGCUACUCAACCAAGAUAGUAAGGAUGCCGACCGACCGAGGAUACUCAGGGACUACCUUCAGUCCACGAAACCCGCGGAUAAUGACGAGAACCCUGUCUACCUGCCGGACAUCAUGCAGACAUGGAGCUACGGCACCCAGAUCAACAAUGAAAACAUCAUGUCGGCCGUACCAGUUGUUCUUGCCCUUCUCCUGAAGCUGCUCUCGCAGUCCCUCGAGUCGGUUCCGUUCGGGCUGGGCAUUUGCCGAACCCUCUUACAGAAGCGCCAGCAGGAGCUUAUUGCUCGAAACUUGUCCGCCGACAAGGGAAAGUCAUUCAUCAUCUCCCCGACUCUCAGGAUGUUGACUGAGGCUGUCAUCUUUGACGGAGGCGCCAUCGCGAAGCCACUGUUCCGGGCAAGGGCGUCGAUGCUGAAGUCCUUGGCACGGAAUAUGGGCCUUGUCCAUAGAGGCGAUGAGGCUGAGGACACCAAGCGUCCGUCCGCCCGCACUAAUGCUGUCCUUUUCUUCCUCAGCGCCCUUAAGUUUCUCCAUCCAGAGGCGAAGAAGGAGCUGUUGUCGCAGAGGGACAUUGUUGCCGCCCUCACACGCGAUGUCAAGCAGGAUCCGCCGUACCUCGUCAAGGAGCUCCUAGAAGGGUUACGAGCUCAUGUGCUGCUAGACGACAAGCUCCCACGCGAGGCAAAAGCAUGUUUGCUGAACGCAUCAACGCUCACCCGCCUCUCAGCGCUCUACCAGUACCGACUGGACACCCCAGCAGACGACGAGCCUUCGAUAGCUGAUAUUGCCCACGAAUUUCUCAUGGCGGCAUGUACGAGCCCAGGUUGCGGUCUGCUGAGACAGGAUUCUGGUUUCUACCCAAGAGAACUUGAUCCGAACGUGCCCGUACCGACCGCUGUGGUUGACGAGUGGGGGUUGGAAGUCAUCGUUUGGAUGAACAAGUUCAGAACCGAGACUCCUGUUCGGAACCACGCCUUGUCAAAUUUCCUACCCAACUUACGGCCCUGGUCAAGCCUCAAGCAGAGCGAGUUGAUGAUCUCCAUCUUCAAGGCGGCCCCUGAGCUUGUGGCCCACUACUUCCUCAACAACAAAUCCUUUACAUUCGAACCGAAGCUGUCGGCGACCUGGACGGGUUACGCUGCUUUCCUGUUCCACACAGUUACGCUACCUAUUCCGGAUCACUUCUGCCGCGGACCGAACUUUCCGGCGCUCCCUCCGCCGACCUCGAUUGUCGUUGACAACAUUCUACCUCCCCCACUCAAUCCGAAGGCACUAUCUCGGAGUUUGGCAAGCAAAUCAAAUAUGAUCUCAUUUUUUGCAACUCGGAUACUGGUUGUUGCAUUGGAGAAGCUGGACGCCGCACUGAAGAUGCAUCGGGAUCCGUCUCAUGCGCACAAAACCGCCUGGGCAGAGGCCGCCCGCAGGCUGGUGGACGAGUUUCGCCAGCGAUGCCCCGGGCUCACAGAGAUGAUCAACGCGUACCGAUCAGUUCCCGAAGGCGAUAUUCUGCACCGCGAGGCCGCAAGUCGGCUGCUGCGCCUCUGCUACGAGGUUUUACCGCAACAUGCCCUGAUGGCCAAGUUCGACGUCUCCCCGUUUCUGGAGACCUCCCUCAGCCGCUUGUCGAGGCAGGAGCUGGAAGAUCCGAAAGAUUCUGCGCUGAGCGUGAAGGAGCUGGAAAAUCUGCUUUCCAUUGCUGGGUAUUCCCCCGGUAUGCGGUGGUUUGCCGCGCCGGAGGGUGUGUCGCUGUCCCCGUUUACCCGACUGCUGAAGGUGUGCGUCGAUGCUCCCCAUGGAGUCGCGCUGGGAACGAUUCGGGAGGUGCUGAACUUUGUGGCUGUAGAGGAGGGCCUGGUGCCACGUGUCGACGCACAUCCCGGGCUGCUUGCCCUGCUUGAAGCGUUACAGGUUCUUCGCCAAUCAUACCCAGAUUCCAUCACGCACGUCUGGCCGUUCUUGGACAACUGCCUCGCGCGCUAUGCAAAUUCCCCUGUUAAGUACGUCGAAAAAUUCUACGCUAUGAAAGACGAGGCGGCUGAGCCGGCGGUUCAGGGCCUUACGUCAGCAGACGUGAGCCUGGCUACAAUAGCCAUGCUGGAGCAGCUACCGUUUGCCGCGGCAAAAGAAGGAAACCAGCACACUCUUAAGGCGCUUGGCCGCUUUUUGCCGAGUUUUCUGGGUUAUUUGGCUGCCGCUGGGGAGAGCAAAUCACUGCUCGAUCUUGUAUUCUCCAAGAUGGUCCCCUAUCUUCCCGACAGUAAGAAAAAGGUCAAGGCUGGUGGUGUUCCAGAGGGACUGGAAUUCCAACACAAUCCCUGGCCGUCGGCGAAAGCGAUCGAGGCUGGGAAAGCCAGCAGCACGGAAGCUCCUCAGGAAGAAGGAAAGUCGAGUCCGGCCAUAGAUGCGAAGGCUUUGGAAAACAUGCUUCAUGCUCCAGACGGGCUGGAAGCGGACAACUCGGCUUUAGUCAGGUGGUCUUCGAAAACCGUGGACGAGCUCGUCGACGACGGCUAUCUGAAAUCCCUCAUUGCGCUCCUUGCGUCGGAGCAUGCCAGCAUACGAAAAGAAGCACUCGUUAACAUCCGGAAGGCAGCGGCCAAGAUCAAGGAGUCAGAGUACGAAGAGAAAGAGCAGAUCUGGCUGCUUCUCAUGGAACUUGCCGAGACGGCGGCGGACAACAUUAACGACCGGCCGCUGCCUAGUCCGACCUCCGCGUUCGCUUGCCAUGCGAUCGAUGUACUGAGGGAUCCUCUCUCCUGCCUCUAUCCGAAGGUCAACAUGUUUCUCGUGCGUGGGCCGUCUUGGAGCCCUGACAAGAUACACCUUGUGGACGACAUCUUGGAGGGCGACCCCAUGGUGCCGAACACGUACUACACGCAAACAAAUUGGCUGCUCGGGUAUCUGAUAGACGGAUUGCGAACCAAACACGACCUCGAGCUGUUCCAUAAAAAACGCACGAUGGGCCCAUUACUUGAGCAUAUCCUUGUCUCGGCGACGAACCCGUACAUGAGGUGGCCGCUCAAGCUGCAGGUGCUACGGUUGCUGUACCGAGCUACAUGCAUCGAGGGAGGUAGCACGACGCUGACGACGAGAUUUGGGAUUAUGAGCUGGCUCGAGGCGACACAGGCGGGUUGCACCGAUGCCAGCGAGGCGGCCGUCUACGAGACCUUGCGCAAGAGGAUAUGGGAGACGUCCGACCAGGACAGGGUCAGGGCUUGGAGUAGAGAAGGGUUGAACGGUCCGAGCUGGUAGCUGAUGCUGGACCUCACUGUUGUUUCCUUGAAACCUGCUGAGUUUCAGUCAAACUCGAGAGCGUGGAAGCGUUGCGUUGUGUUCCACACAACGCACAUCGGACUCUGCGGAGAACAACCUUGGAAGGGGCAUAUAGAAAGAGAGGAAACAAAAACGAUACCCUAAUGAAAAUGGCUAGUGAACUAAAAAUCCACAGGCUU